AUGUUUGAGGCUAACACUGUUGGAUCCCAGCAGUUUAGCUGUGAGGCCGGGCUUGAGGUGGAAAAGAUGAGCCACAACCUGACCAACGUGUCGCGGGCGAACCGGACGGAUCCAGACCAGCCCGAGCUGAGUCCGACCGACGUCACCAUGCAGCUCAUCUUCGGCUCCAUGAUGCUCGUCUUCGGGCUGAUCGGAGUCGUCGGGAACGUCGUCGCCUUGUACGCGUUUUGCAGAACUCGCAGUCUCAGAAGACCGAAGAACUACCUGGUUGCUAACCUGUGUAUGACGGACAUGUUCGUGUGCCUGGUGUACUGUCCCAUCAUCGUUACCAGGAGCUUCAGUCACGGCAGUGUUGGAAAGAUGAGGCUGGGUGUGUGGAGGCUGUUCUUGUUAGCGCUGGCACUCCUGCUGCUGUCCGGUGCAGAUGGAACCAUCCAGCCCAAGUCCAAGGGCAAGAAGAAGGACAAGAAGAAGGAGAAGAAGAAAAAUGGGGCCACCCCCCUCCCCACCGAUGAAACAGUCCUAGAGCGAAAACUUGUGACAGAGAAGCCGAAGACUAAAGACAUCCUGACUGAACACACUCGCUACUCCAUAUCAUCUAUAGAGACCAAGAACUUCCCUGGUACUGUGCUGGGGUAUGUCACACCGUGGAAUAACCAUGGUUACGACGUUGCUAAGAUAUUCGGAGGGAAGUUCAGUCUAAUUUCUCCAGUCUGGCUGCAGCUGAAGAGGAUCUCGGCAAAGAUUUUCCACGUGGAAGGAGCGCAUGACAUUGACCAAGGCUGGAUAAGUGAUGUCAAGAAGGUCUCUGGCAGAAAUGUCAAAAUGGUCCCGAGGCUGUUGUUUGAUGGCUGGUCCGUGCAUGACUAUCACUACCUGUUCAACAGUGAAGACGCUGUAGAAGACAUGAUCGACACUGUCAUCAAGUUCUGUAAGUUUCGCCAGUUUGAUGGAAUCGUUCUGGAGCUGUGGAAUCAACUAGGUGGUACAAAGAAAAAGGACCUUACUCAUGUCAUCAGCCACAUGGGUCAGACCUUCACUGAACACAACCUGAUCCUCAUCACAGUCAUUCCUCCACCCUCCAUGGGCCCAGGUGGUCAGGACAUCUUCAACAAAGAUGAUUUCCAGUUACUGGCACCCUGGGUACACGGCUUCAGUCUGAUGACCUAUGACUUCUCCAACCCUCACAGACCCGGCCCUAAUGCUCCUAUAGACUGGGUAAAGGCUUGUGUGCUGAUACUGGACCCAGAAGGCACACACAGACAUAAGAUCCUUCUCGGACUGAACUUCUACGGCAACGACUACACAGGCGCCGGGGGAGGACCAAUCAUAGGCAAACAAUAUAUAGACCUUCUCACACAGUACAAGCCAAAAUUAAAAUGGGAAGAAGAAACAGCAGAACACAUGUUUGAAUACAAAGAUGGGACGACAAAACAUCUUGUGUACUACCCGACUCUCAAAUCAAUCCAGGCACGUUUAGACCUGGCCCAGGAACUAGGAACUGGUAUCUCCAUCUGGGAGCUGGGACAGGGUCUGGACUACUUCUAUGACCUUUUCUGAGUCAUCGUUUUGGUAACAGGCCAUGGGUACGACUUCCAAAGAAAGUCACCCAGUGGGGGGAGGGGAUGUUUUCAGAUAGCCAUGAUCUUGAAUCAACCUUCCUUUUAACUGUCUUAUCACUGGUAUCAUCAUUUUUCUAAAAAAAAGAGGGCAUAUACUGUGUCAAUCCUCCAGCAACAGAAAAACAAUAUUACCUGACAUUUAGGUGUUUUUGAGCCCGUAAUCCUACAUACAAAAAUUACUACAGCUUGUUGCAUUUCUGUCUGUUAAAAGUUUGUGUAACAAUUUUGGCAAAUUGAAAUGAUCUAAAUUUUUGUUUAAUAAUUGCAUGAUACAUGGAUUUGCAGAGAUAUAGCAAAGUGUGAUUAUUUAUAUGUAGUUAACGUAAUCAUAUCUUAGUCUAGGAUUGAGGAAAGUAAUUCAAAGGUGCCAUAAUAAUCAAAAUGUGUAGAAAAGAUCUCUACAAUAUCAUAAAGAACAUCUCUCUGUGUUACUGAAAAGCAAAAAAUGAAU